GUUACAUAUAUGUCCCAUUAUGUUGGCCAGCCUGUGUACCUGGACCCUCGCCGGAGCAGACACAUUGGGAAAAGCAUCAUUACGAAAUCCUUUAAAAACUGCAUUACCGAUCUCUGUUUAAACAUGGGGUUUGACUUCCAAAAAUAUCGACGUCCCCUUGUCAUGGGCAGCAUAUUUGCCAUGUUGUCACUGGUGUAUACUUUUCGACUCGAUUUAAUCGGAGACAUUUCAAAAGAGAAACAAGAUCUUCUCCGACAGACAGAUGUCAGUGGCAGCAAUAAGAUAAAGGAAACCAUAAGAGAAACCCAACUAGAUUACUUCAGAAAUUUAUCUGGGGAAAAGAAAUAGUGGACCCUUUCUUGAAAUGCUGAAUAUGCAGACAACUGUGAUAGGGGUGUGCUGGAAGGCCAGAAGGAUGGCUUUUCCAAAACUUUGUAAAUAAACGAAACACCCCAUUUAAUCAGCUGAUGCUUGUUUACUGUUGUAAAAAAGUGUCAGAUCAUGCAUAUUUGACUUUUCUUUUCCUUUUUUACUUUUCAUUAAUUUUGUCAAUGUUUACUACUGAAUUGUAGGAUGUAAGUACAGUUAGAGUUAUAUUUAUGAUUUGAAUAGUAAUAAAGAGUUUUAAAGUUA